AAUACGAUAAGACUUAGUAGUAGACCUGAACUCAUAAGCUCAAUUAUUAAAAUUAAAUUAUUAUAUUUUGUUAUUAAAAUUAUUUUUUCAAAAUGAAUCAAGCGUUAUUGUGGUUAAUGUUGGUACUUUUAACUUUCGAAGCAAAAGCGAGCGAGUGGGAAUCAUUUAUUGAUGAUGUUGAGGAUAUUCAGGUAGAUGAUAUUCAGGAGGCUAUUAAUGACUCUUCAUCCUAUAUCUUCCCAACUAACAAUGAUGAGUUUUUUACUUCAGAGAACAACACUGCAAGUAGAUAUGUCAAAGAUUAUGGUACAUUUGAUUAUAUCAUCAUUGGAGGUGGUACAGCUGGUGGAGUCCUUGCCAACCGCCUGACAGAAGGGCCAUUUACUGUUUUGGUUAUUGAAGCAGGUGAACCAGAACCAAAGUGGACAUCAAUACUAGGAGUAACCUUAUACUCACUGUAUUCACACUGGAGUUGGGGCUAUAAUACAACAACGCAAAACACAUCUUGCUUUGCGUCAAACUCACAUCAGUGUUUUUAUCCCAGAGGUAAAGUAUUGGGAGGAUGUAGUUCCAUAAAUGGAGGUAUGUAUGUACGAGGAAAUAAGAAAGAUUACGACGAAUGGGAACAAAUGGGAAAUCCAGGAUGGGCUUAUGAGGAUUGUUUACCUUAUUUUAAGAAAUCAGAAAAAGCUAAUAUUGCCAAUGAUCUUAUUGAUGAAGAAUAUCAUGGUUUUAAUGGCAUGCAAAUAAUCAACGUACCGCCUGAUACAGAAGGUUUGACUGAUAAAUUAGUAAGCGCUGCGACAUCUUUGGGAAACGAAGAAAUCGACUUUAAUGGCGCUACUCAACACGGUAUUGGUAGAAUGCAGUUUUACUUAGAUAAUAAUACUAGAACAAGUACAGCUUCUGCUUACAUACGGCCAGCAAUGAAUCGUAUGAACCUUAAAAUAACUUUAAAAUCUCUUGCUACAAAAAUAAUAACUUCUAAAUUAAAAAGAAAGGCCCUGGGAGUAGAAUUUGUUAAAAAUGGUCAGAAGUAUGUGGCUAAAGCAAGAAAAGAGGUUAUUGUCUCCGCGGGAUCUAUUAACUCUCCACAGGUUUUGAUGUUAUCUGGAAUUGGACCAGCAGCAGAACUUGAAAAACAUAACAUUCCAGUUGUAGCUGAUUUACCGGUUGGAGAACAUCUGUUAGAUCAUACUUUGUUUUCGGCACUUUGCUUUAGAACCAACCAAGUAUUCUAUAGUAGUAAUUUAGCAGAAAAUCUUAAUUUAUGGGCAGAAGGAAAACGCCCACUGGUGGCUAUGGUUCACCUUAUUGGAUUCCCAACAAAUAAAACCGAGUAUAUAAUUACAUCAGCUAAUCCAGAUAUGGGCAGCGGUUUACUCUUUAAAGAGGAAUAUGCUAAUGCUUUUAAAGUGCUUAAUUCUCAAACCGAUUUUUGCGCCACAACCAUUUUGCUUAAACCCAAAUCAUUUGGAAGAGUUACACUGCAAUCUAAUGAUCCCAGGGAUUUUCCUUUAAUAGACACAAAUUACUUUUCAAAUCCUGAAGACUUGGAAGCAUUGUAUGAAGGAAUCCAGGAAGUAUUAAAACUUAAUGAAACCGAGGUAUUUAGAGAGUGGAACGCUACACUAAUUGAAAUAGCCAUGCCGGAUUGUGAUGAUUCCUAUGAACGGUUAUCUAAGGAUUGGUGGUUUUGUGCGUUUAGAAGUGUCGGGUCUACUAUAUACCAUCCAGUUGCUACAACGCGAAUGGGACCGAAUCCAACAACUUCCGUGGUUGAUUCUGAAUUAAAAGUACAUGGGUUUAAAAACUUAAGAGUGGUUGAUGCUGGAGUGAUGCCAGCGCAAAUCGCGGGUCACACACAUGCUGCAGUUAUAAUGAUCGCAGAAAAAAUUGCAGAUGUAAUAAAACGUGAUUGGUUAAAAUUAUAGUUAUAUAAUUCUUAACAGCAUGGUUAGUAAACAAUAAGGAUUUCAUAAUAUAUGCAUUUUAAUGAAGUAAA